AUGCCUGCCCUGGUCAAUCAGACCGUCACGAUUGUGAACAAGUCGGGCAAGAUCGUCAGCACCUCCAAACACCUCGUCAAUGUCUUCAAUGAGGCCAAGAGCGCCUACAAUGAGCGCAAGGCGGAGAUCAAGGCCACAAGGAAGAAGGAGGGCGAGGAUAAGGAGAAUGAACGGAAAGCACGGAAGCAGUUGGAUGCGUUGAAUCUGGAGGACGAGGAGGAUCGUCGAUCGCAUGUGUCGCGGAGGAGUUCGAGACAUGGCAGUGACGAUGGACGAUCAAGACGAGGCAGCGACGAUGGGCGGUCAAGAAGUGGUCGGCCUGUCAGGAGAAAGCCCGUCCCCAGUCGAGUGGGCGAGCGUCCACCCGUCGACCGCGGCAUCUCAGAUAGCUUCUACGCCAACGACCGUCCUCGCCCACACCAAUCCUCGCGCCUCCGCAACGAUGUCACAGCCUCCAUGCUCGACGACGAGCCCCGUCUGGGUGAGCUCCAACGUCGCCACACCGACGGCAUGCAGCUCAACCGCCGCCACAACGACUCCCGAACCCGUCGUAGAAAGAGUGCCGACAGCAUCGAUAUGGACCUCGCAUACGGCGAACUGCCCCCUCCCCUCCCGGAAACCCGCCGCGAAGACGAGCUCGAGCUGAAAUCCAAAAUCAACUACCUCCAACGCCUCCUCGACGAAGGAAACUGCAUGCAGCACUCCGUCACCGCCAUCAUCGACAACCUCCAAAAGAACCCCGACGCCCUCGCCGCCGUCGCCCUCACCCUCGCCGAAAUCUCCAACAUCGCCGCGAAGAUGGCCCCCGGCGCGUUGGCCGCGAUGAAAACAUCCUUCCCCGCCGUCAUCGCCCUGCUCGCCAGUCCGCAGUUUGCCAUCGCGGCGGGUGUCGGCGUCGGCGUGACGAUCAUCGCGUUCGGAGGCUACAAGAUCAUCAAGAAGAUCAAAGCGAAGAAGGACCUCGAAGAAGCGAACCUCCUCGAAGCCGACCCCUCCCCGCAACAAGCCCCCGCCGAGGAAGGCGAGGAAGACCAGCUCCGCGAAAUCUCCCGCAUCGAACGCUGGCGCCGGGGUAUUGCCGAUGAGCAGGUCAACUCCGUUGGCACGAGCGUCGAUGGGGAGUUUAUCACGCCCGUGGCGACGAGGACGAUGAUUGAGGAGGGGAGGUUGACGGAGGCGGAUCUUCUACCGAUUGAUGACGGGAGGAGGAGUGAGGCAGGGAAGAGCAAGAAGAGUAAGAAGGUGAAGAGUCGGAAGGCGGGGAGUGCGGUUAGUAGUAGUGGCGGUGGGAAGAAGAGGGAGAAGGAGAAGGAGCCGAGUGUGCUGAGGAGUUUGUUUAAGGGGAAGCGUGAGAGGAAGAGGGAGAGGGAGAUGGCUUUUGUUUAG